AUGGAAGGUGUAGUGCAGGGGCACGAACAAACAACGGGCUAUGAAGCGCGACGGGAGUUUCGUCAUCAGCCAAAACCCGAACGAGAAGAGGAGAGCAAAUCCAGAACCAUGGACAAGAAUAUCCUGCGCCAUAAACUUCAGGCGAUUCAUGAGAGGCUCUCUGAGGGAUUUCAGAGUUUGAAUCUCAAGCUCGAUGAUGUCCUGCAAACUAGACAACAAGCCCCACUCCCUCGAACAUCAAGUGCCCAAGAGCAAUCAAUCGUCCCACUCGAGGCCGGUGAUGCGGCUUUUAAACAGCCAGAUGCCAUCAUAAGACGGCUUCAAGUGCAGCUGAAAGAUCGAGAGCAACAACUGGAACAACAGAAGCUGCUCAGUGGCAACUUGGGAAAUCAACUGGCUGGCAACAAACUGGAGCUUGCAAGAUUGCGCAAAAUGAUGAUUCGUGCCGGACAUAAGGAGGACGCGCCCAUGGACGACGACGUUGCAGAGAGAUUCCUCGCAAUUCGGAACGACAUUUUUCAAUUGGUCAGAAAUCAUUUCAGCCAAUUGGCGAAGGAUAGGAGCGGCCUUCCCCAAGGCGCCUCCGCCGACCUUCUAGAGCUGAUUAUCCAAGCGGAAGUCGCAGAUAUUCUCUAUCAAUAUUUCUUCAGUCCCCAAGCUUUGCUUUUCGGCUUCGGCGAUGAGGAAGACAACAACAUAUUGAAAAAGAUAGAAGAAGCUGCGUUGAGGCAACGGUGUAACCCAGUCAAAGUCAUUGAAUGGCGAACAAGCACCAUUCGAAUUAUCAAAUCCUUGAACCUUGCCAGCGAAGACAAUUAUCCUGCUCGUGUCGCGAGGCAGAAUUGGGAUCGCGUUCAAUCCAGCAUGCGGCAUCUGAGCACCUCCGCCGAGAGUCAUCGUGACUGCAGAGAUUUUGAAGGGGUGUGUUGCAAGGCCUAUGAGCUUGCUCUGUGGUUGCGAGGAGCAAAAGUCGAGUAUGAAUGGGGACAGGAUCCUGGGGGCGUUGCUUCGAUUGCGGACAAACCAGACGAAUCUCGCAUAUCGGCCCUCUCAACCACAUUGAUCAAAAGACUAGAGAACAUUUUCGCCGUCGCCCUGGACGAAACGGACACACAAACCGCCGCAUCUACCAGCGAUGACGCUCCAGCCCCGGCCUCCCUGACAGAGACGUCGGUUCAACAAUUUCAACUCGACGUCGAAUCUACAGCAGUGGUUCGGGCGGCGGAGGAGAUCAUGAUGUUAACGAGAACGAUGAAGGAAAUUUGGCUCUUCGGCGGGUUAGAUACGCUGGCACAGGACCAUGAAAAGGACCAAGAUUCGAAGAACGAAGCAGCUAGACAGAAGAUGGACGAGAACGUCAGGGUUGUAGAGGAAGGCUUUAAAAGGUUUCUCGACAAAUACGAGACGAUGCUGGACAUGAAUGGCAAGGAUUAG